UAUUUAUAGCUUUGAGUUCAAGUUAUUAAUAUGUAUCCUUAUGACGUGACAAAGGAUACAUUAUGAUUAGAGAGUAUUGCGACACUAUGGGCGAUAUUAUCGAUAUACGUCAUUACAAUCUUAGCGUAGUGUUUAAAAUGAACAGCUUAAUCGAACGUAAUAUAAAUAUUUAUAGCAUGUCUGAAUGAUUUUGUCUAGAACGCUGCAUCAUUAGCGUCGACCGCAGAUAAAACUUCUAUUUUUCCCGGCCUAAUAACGUCAUAAAGCAAGUUAUAAAUUUCCUCGUCCUGGAAUUAAAACAACGCGAAUCGCGAGAUACUUUGAUCGUUCCUAUGAAUUAUCACGUUUUGCGACAUCACGAAAACAUUAUCGAGAUAUAAGAUAAUCAUCUCUAUUAUAGCAAUUUCUACGAAGCAAUUUUUGCAGCGUAAGAAGAAGCGUUACGUUUUUCAUCUUAUUAAUUCUAUAAUCUUACUAUGUAAGGGCACGAGAUGUUGAAAAGCAUUUCGAUGCAUAUAUCACAAUUAUUGAAUAUUUACCUCAACAAUGUUAUCACACAUACUUGACAUACUUAUACAUUAAAAUAUAUCACCUUCAUGAAUACAUUGUGACCGCGUCAUCGUGAUCCGUAUUCGUGUCCCACAUUUAACGUAUUUAAUACGGAAAGAGUUCCCUUGGAGAUCAUUAUCACAAGUCAGCAAUCACGUAAACGCGCUAAAUGUGGAACGCGAAUUAAUUCGCUUUUACUUGAUUUCAACUUUUUACGAACUCGGAAUUUCAAUUCUGCCAAAGGCGAUUCGAUCUAACAAAAAUGAUAUCUUUGUCUACAAUCCGUGCGAUGCCGUUUCGCAGACUGCUCGCCUUAUUUCAUCUUAUCAGUAAUCGAAUCAGUAGCGCAAAUUGCUGGAGCAACGAAAGUCGAGUCUAACGGCUCGAACGCGAUCGACGCGAUUAUUCACUUUCCCGGCCAGACGUUCGCUCUCUUCCGGCUAUCCCUCUUUUUUCCUCUCUGCCACGUGCAGGGUCGGUUGUACACAGUGUCAGAGAACCAUCAUCUCGAACGUUUUAGCCAAAGAAAAUUCAAAUCUAUUGUGGGCGGAAAAGCUAUCAACUUAAAAACUUUUAUUCAAUUCUGAGAUUGCUUUAAAAUUGAUUUAAAAUUUUUAGAAUUUAAUUUACUUAGGUGACUUGAGUCAAAGAUAUGAACGUAUGACUAGCAGUUGGUACAUCGAAUAAUUUUAAUGUUAAACAGGACGGAAACAAUGGGGUCGAAAAAAGUUCUCAGAGAGAUUUGGAAUACAUGAAUGAGAAACAUGAUGAAUGAAAAGUACGGAUUCCACAUUCUUUUUCACGUUCCAGUGAUAAAUUAAAAUUCAUUCUACCUUACCAAUGUACGUCAUACGGUAAUUAUUGUAUGGAAUUAUAAUUAUCAUGUGGCCAGAAAUAUCUCGGUUGGAAGACAAAGGGUUGAUCCGGCGCUGCUCUCCCACCGCGGCACCCUGAAACACCCAGCGCGAGUGACGGGCUCCUCGGUCGGCGGUGCGCACGGCUUUAGUCGCGUGCCGGUAGUCCAUCGUGAAUCAACGCACUUAUUGCGUGUUGUAAGUCGGCUCGGGCCGACUCCGGCGGUGGUCCCGUUCGCGAAUCGCGCCGAUCCGGCACCCAACGCGUGAUCUGCAUCGUAACUCUACUUAUUAGUCCAUUCGGAAACGCAGUCAUCGUUAUCGCAAUGGAAUAAGUGUGCAUUUCAGAAGGGAAAGAAAAGGAAUGGAAUUUUUGCUAGUCUGAAUUAAAUGUUGAUCGACGGAUGAAGAAUCUCUCGAUGAAGACGUGUAAAGAAUUGGAAGUUUGAGGAUUAGAUACCUUCGAGAGAAAACAGACUUGAGUAAUAAAAGUUUCAUUAUUUUAUAGAAAAAAGUGUGAGAAGCUUGUGUUAAUUUAAAUGUGAGUGCUUGAAGUGCUCUUGUGUGACAGAACAGAGAGAGUUACCGUUUGCGAUAUCGAUAUAGAUUGAGCCAUCGGAAAAAUGUUUAAACACACACUCUUAAUUAAAUAAAAAAAAAAAAUUAUUUAAAAUAUAUCAGUAAUCUAUAUGUCAGUAACUAGUGAUUUUUGUAAAAUCACUUGAAGGCAAAUAUUUACUGAAUGUAGUAGAUUGAAGUAGUCGAUUAUCCAAGUAAUCGUAUCUUGAUAUGGUGAAGAAUUCUUUCUCUAUUUGAAAAAGAAAAUAUGAACGAAUAUUGAACUUUACUUUGUGAACAUUUGACUUAAAGAAAUCGUCGAUUCUGCAAGGUUUGAAAAAGGAUACAGGAAACUAUUUCCUCGUUUUAGAAAGAACACAAAAACAACUUCACAGAAGUACCAUAAUAAACCAGAAGUGUUCGUUCGUAGAAAGACAACUGGAAUGCGUGAUAUAGUUGACAUAUAAAUAAGUGAAAAAAUCUAGUAGAAUGUAUUUAUAAAAUUGCAAUUUUUUAUGAUUUAAAUUUUCUGAAUAAAAAUGAGCAAAUCGAGAUAACCUAGAACAAAUGUAAGCAAAUAUGCAUAAUAGAGAAUAACUUCUAUCUGUGAUUUAAACAUUAAAAACGUUGUAAUAAUAAGCGUAUUGAUCUAUAGUACAAAAAGUAGUAAAAGAACUGUACGAUCGAGAACCGAUAGAAGGAAAUUUCUGUGCUACACAAUUAGCUGCGGAGAGGCUAGUCGAGACCUAGUCACAUUUUGAAGAAUUAAGUGAAGCGAUGAAAAUGUAAUUUUGAUCUCCAUAUUUCAAAAUAUGAGACAGAACAAAAACGAAGUGUAGUCGUGAAAUAUCGUGGGACGUUUCAGUAAUUGAUUAAUCUCUAAAUCAUGGCUCCAGCAAACAAUCUCGAUUGGUCAGAGCCGUGUCAACAAUGGCGAUAUCCAAAAAUUUGUUCGACAACCGCCGGACAGAAAAACGAGCGUCCUAAGAGCGCUGUGGAACUAGGUGGCAAAGAGGCCAACUCUGCCUAUAAAAAGUUCUGCAAGUUCUUACGUCGACUAAGCAAUAAGAAACGCAAGGAUGGCAGCAAGGUAACGACUGUGGUAGCGACUCCCGGUGCUGGUCCGGAUCGUCCUCAGGAGGUCGCGUAUACUGAUACCAAGGUCAUCGGCAAUGGCAGCUUCGGUGUGGUAUACCAAGCAAAACUCUGCGAUUCGGGAGAGAUGGUUGCUAUCAAGAAGGUCCUUCAAGAUAAGCGAUUUAAAAACAGGGAAUUACAAAUCAUGCGACGCCUUGAGCACUGCAACAUUGUGAAACUCAAAUAUUUCUUUUACUCUAGUGGUGAUAAGAAGGACGAGGUUUAUCUUAAUCUAGUCCUGGAAUACAUACCCGAAACUGUGUACAAAGUCGCUCGACAUUAUAGCAAAAGCAAGCAGACGAUACCGAUCAGUUUCAUCAAGUUAUAUAUGUAUCAACUGUUUCGUUCGUUGGCAUACAUCCAUUCACUGGGUAUCUGUCACAGGGACAUCAAGCCCCAGAAUUUGCUUUUAGAUCCAGAUACUGGUGUCCUGAAGCUAUGCGAUUUCGGUUCAGCCAAACACCUUGUGAAGGGCGAACCAAAUGUGUCCUAUAUCUGCAGUCGUUAUUAUCGCGCACCUGAACUUAUUUUUGGUGCUAUUGACUACACUACAAAGAUUGAUGUUUGGAGUGCAGGUUGCGUACUAGCAGAACUACUGCUAGGUCAACCGAUAUUUCCCGGCGAUAGUGGUGUCGAUCAGCUGGUAGAGAUUAUUAAAGUUCUCGGUACGCCUACGCGUGAUCAGAUACGUGAGAUGAACCCCAAUUAUACAGAAUUCAAAUUCCCACAAAUUAAGUCGCAUCCCUGGCAAAAGGUGUUCAGGGCGCGCACGCCGCCGGAGGCGAUGGACCUGGUAGCACGACUACUGGAAUACACGCCAUCGUUGCGCAUGACCCCGCUGCAAGCGUGUGCACACUCAUUCUUCAAUGAAUUACGCGAACAGGGCACGCGGUUGCCAAGCGGCCGUGAAUUGCCGCCACUCUUUAACUUCACUGAGCACGAACUGCGGAUCCAGCCGAUCCUUAACAGCAUGCUGAUACCCAAAUACAUGCAAUCGGCCGCCACCACCGGUACGGAAGGAAAUCCCGGCGGGGGCGGCGGAGGCGGAGGUGGCGGCCAGUCGGACGCCACGGGCGCCGCUGCCAGUGCUAGCGGUAACUCUAGUGAUAAUAGCGCCAACAAUCCCACCACUAACACUACCACUACAAACACGCAAAAUACUGAUGCCAGCCAAUCGAACAUGGCUUGAACCGCUUUAUUCUAUCUUCUACUUUUCUUUUCUUUUUUAACGUUAUUAAAGAGUUGAAUUAUAACGUUGUUAUGGUGGCAUGACGAAGUAAUCAUCUUCUGACGAGGAUGUCCAUGUUGUAAAGGCGAUGUACUGUUGCGAAGUAUAUAGACAUAAGAUUUUCAUCUUCUCUCUAGCGAGAAAUAGCGUAGUACAGCGACGCGAUUCAGCGAAAUUAAGGCUCCUCGUUCGUCCCCGUAAACACAUUAAGCAGGAGAUGCUAACUUCCUUUAUUUUAACGAGGACGGAUUUAAUUCAUAAUUUCUAGAAGGCAGAACGUAAAAUCAACUUCUCCCAUUACUUACUGACUUUUGUUGACAAAGACGGCUAAUUGGUCGACUUAUUAAUUCAAAUAUUGUUUCAAAUGUUGUUUGUGUACAAUGAAACUACAUGGCAACUACAAUUCUAUAAAUUUAAGAACCAAGAUUCUUCUACUUCAUCUAUUUAUCUCUCUAAUGAUAAAAUUGCUACUCUCAUAUAAAACAAAUAUAUAAAUAAACGAAUUCCGAAAGAGGAGAACUAGUUGCUGUGUACUAUAAUCACAUUUAGGAUUUUUAUAAAGACGUUCCUAGUAAACUAUAAAGCUAUAUAUAUAGUUAGCAAGGAUAAAUAGAAAAAAAUUAUAUUAAUUUUACAAUCGCAUGAAAUAGAAGUAUAUAUGUAUACCGAUAUCCUCACGCGUAUAGUUUUCAUAACAUGAUAAGUAUAAAUUGCACAUUCUGAUUAAGUACAUAAUUUAUAAUUUAUAACAUGAGGAAAAAGCCCUGACAAGGUCUGACGUCUUUUCCAAAAUUAGAGAUAGAUGUCAAAGUUGUGUCUGAUAUAAAAUGAACGAAAAUCAAGAGAAAUAUUACAUUUUUCUUCUAACAUCUGUGCAUGACUAAGUAGAUAACACGCAAUUAUUAUUUAGUACAUCCAUAGAUUCCAAUAUGACGUCACAUCUCAUUUCUUGUUAAUGAAUUAUUUCAGUUUGGUUAGUUUUUGAAGAUUAGAAUUAGUCGGCGUCGAAAUUCGCCUCUUCUUUCCAAAAAGGGAAUUUGGACCCUACUAUGUGGGCAUAUAAUAUCAAAAAGAUUUUACAAACGUUGAAAGAUAUUUUUUUAUAUGUUACAACUUACAUUUAAUAGAAUAGAUUUACGAAAUGCGCUGAGAGAGUUGGUAAACAUCUGUGAAACUGUCACAAAAAAAUUUAUUUUUUAUAUUGACAUGUAUAGGUCAUCUAAUUAAUUUAUCUAUUAUAAAGAAAAUGUUAAAAUUGUUUCUAAGUUUAUUCUAUCAAUUAUAAACUGUGACACAUGUGAGAGAAGCUAAUUUAUGUAUAAUAAUUACUUUCAUGUGCAUGCGUGAGAAAAAA